GCCGUCAUGCGGUACGAAGCAUUUCUACACGAGACUCUUCGCCCGGGAAGUUUAGAUUUGUCUACGCACAAAACCAACUCGAGCUGCCAUCGGGUGAUUUAUUUGCCGUGUAAUCUGAGCUUCGAUGCCGAUGUGUGUAUGAGUUUGGUGAACGCCAGUUGUAUCUGGAAGGGCAGGAGUUUCCUACAAUAGAUUAUCACAACGCGUAAACCAACCCCUUGACAUUUUAGAUCACGCUGGGAGAAAAAUAGAGUUUUCUUUACACAAAUGCGACUUGGUCUUACUCCAUCAUUUACAACGGGAAGAGUUCCACCCACUUCAAAUCGCCUUUUAGCAGUUUCUGUUGACGGAUUUACGAGCAACAAUAAACCAGCAGACGAUUACUUUUUAUCCCAGGCCGCCAACUGAGCGAAGGAACUAAAUCAUUGUUAACAAGGCUGCAAAACGAUGGCACAUCCUUCCAGCACGAUUUAGCAGACGACAACUCGAGAAUCCCCGACCGGGUUGCGGAGCGCGCCAAACCGAGCGCGAAGCGUAAAUCAAAGCUAACGAGGAUAUAAUACCAGGGCCCUCAAGACACAGUUUCAACACUGCGUGAGCCGCCGUCAGAUAUACUGUUUAUUGAGCUGCAAGGUGGGACUUUGGCAAUUCUCUUGACACCAAGUAUGAGGGCCGGCGUGGCGGUAGCGAGCCUCUCACUCUUGUUGUGUGGGGGUGUGCUGUUGUCUUUCCUGACCCUUACUAAGGACACAGAAAGACUCAGAGAGGAAGCGGAUCUUGUGAGAGUUGUGAGAUCCCUAUCAGCGAUUCAGCAGAAGAAUGAGGCAGUGUUGUCCAGACUGGAGAAGGAAGCAUUGUCUGUUGUGACAGAAAGGUUCCCAUGGUUACCUAAAAACAACACAUUACCAAAUUAUUUUCUGAACAGUGGUUCUCAUACAGACAACUUUUACAAAUACAGAGAUGCAAAUAUAGCAUUUAUUCACUACCCCAGAGCAGGGGGAUACAGAGUUAUUGAAUGUUUAAGAGAAAUAUCUAUUAAGAAACAUAUCGCAAUGUCGCCACUUAUGACAAGUAAAAAUCGACUCCUGUGGGAACGUGGCGAGGACAAUUUGGAGAAAUUCCGACAUCGGUUGAAAUUUCAUUCUGGGAGAUACGUGUUUGGAGUCUGUGAAAAGGUGGACAGCCCUUGUUCCUACUUUCUUCUUCUCCGGGAGCCUAUGCAACAAGCGAUAUCUAGUUACGAAUAUUGCAAAGAGACUUAUGAGGACGAAAUAUGCCAGGGUUUUAAUGCCAAUAAGAUGACAUUACGAGAGUGGAUCUUAAACCAGGGAAGUGUCCUGUUUCAUCAGCUGAUGUUGAAUAUCAACUUCUGUGCCAGUGAUCGUACAUUUAACUUCAACUUUACUCUUCCUGAAGGUUUCCUGUUUGAAAAGAAAGAUAUGCCUUGUUGGAUGAAACAAAAAAUAUUCCUGGAUAAAUUAUCAUCCACCGAUUUGUCUCAUGCUGUGAACUACAUAAUCAGCCAUUUACAGAGUUGGUUUGCUGUCAUUGGAUUGCUGGAUGACCCACAAGGCUCACUGGAAGUGUUUGAAAAGGUUUACAAACUGCCAUUCACAAAAUGCAAACAUUUUGAUAGGAAGGAGACAUUAUCAGAGUCUCAUCAUGGCAGCUUUGAUAAUAGUGCCAACAGUGUUUACCAAAGACAGUCUGAUAUUUAUGAUGAAAAUGACCCUUACACACUAUCAGAUGAUGUGUAUGUGAGAAAGGCUUUAUCAGCUGACUAUAGAAUAUACAAAGCAGCUCUUAAGAUAUAUCAUAUGCAAAAACAAACAUUAUCAAACAGGAUAUGGAGAUGAGUUAUUUCAGGAUUUUUAUUGGCUCAGGACAAAGUGCUAAAUAUUCACAUAAUUACUUCAUAGUCCUACCAGUUUCUUCCCUAUGUGAGGACUGCUUUGUUUGCUUUGAGUUGGGUUUCUUUUUCACAGUCAGAAGCUAAAAGCACCUAUCAGUUAAAAAUAUUUAUCAAAUGAAAUGAGAUUUUUUUUUUCUUAUGCUAAAUAUUUACACUAUGAAGCUAAGGCUGAAAAAUUGAAAAUAUUAUUUCCUUGGCAAGUAAUUGUAAAACUCAUAUCCAUAUUUCAUGUCUUAGAAGAUGGUACCAAAGUUUCAGAAAAUUCAUUACUGUCAUAAUAAGCAAACAAUGACUUCAGGGGUUUUUCUAUUAUGGAUGAUGCCUGAUUGGUUGCACCCUCAAGAACAUGUUAGACAAUCUACGGAAAACCAUAAGGAAGCACUGAUACAGUAAUCCUCAAAUAAAAUUGUCUAUGAGCAAGAAACUGGUACGGAACAAUGUACAUACUGUGAUAAUUUAAAGUUUUCUUGUAUUAAAUUUGUUACAUAAUUCAA